AUGUUAUUGAGCCCUCGGAACUCCGGGUGGUUCUGGCCUGCUGACUGGUUUAUGAAACUGACAAAAGGAAUUUCUCCCAGAAUGCUUUUGAGUAUAUCCGCUUUCCAAGGAGAAGAAUUUCACCCAUUAGAGAUGGGAAAAGAUUUAGGGAUACGUACGACCAAGAAAGAACGGAAAGCUAUUAGUAAUAUUCUAUGGGCUGCGAGUUCGGUCACCCCAACCUCACAGACAUCACAUCUCUCUCCCACUUCCUAUGAGAAUAAUGCGGGUUCACCGCUAUCAGCUCUAGAGGACGAGGGAGCUCUCCUUGUCUCUCCU